AUGCUGCGCUGCGCCUUCGCCGGGCGGCCCCUCUUGGCCCCACCAUCGGCCCUUCCGCCCGCCGUCGCCGCCCCAUCGAUCCGCACCUUCCUCCUCUCAUCGCCUGCCCCCGCCGCCCUCACAUGCCGCACAAGAUCACCCCCGCCACCUUCGCCACCAUCACCAGCUCUGCCAGCACCACCACCGCCAUUCCGAGGCCUCGCAAGCAUACACCGCCCAUCCCUACAGACACGCCCAUCGCCCCUCGCCGCACUCGCAUCGCGCUCCCUCCAUACCAGCUCGCUCCUCUCCCGCAUCUUUCGUCGUCGCAACCCCUUCUACCCCAGGCCAGCGCCCGCACGCCCCACCACCGAUGAUGCCACCGCCGCUGCCUCCUCCCGUCACCUUGACCCCACCUCACCCGGCAGCCGUCAGCUCGACCAACUGCUCCAAAAGCAGGCCGCAGAGCAGCUCAAGCACGAGGACCAAUACUGGUCCCGCCAGAACAUCGAACCGCCUCAUAUCUUGGCCACGAUACUCUACGUACUCCUCUUCGGCGCCGGCACUUUCAGCGUCUUCGCCAUCCUAUCCAUCCGCCAGACGGCCGACAUAGCAAAAGAGGCGCGCGACACACAGGGACCCCUCUCCAGCUGGAAGUCGUUUGUCACCAGCGCCACCAGCGCCGGCAGGAACCUCUUUGGUGGCGGCGGUGGCGGCACCCGCGUCCAGGAGCAGGAGGCGUGGGGCCGUGGCAUCGACGAAAACACGCUCAACGUCGUCCGCAAGCACCACGUCGCAGAGCGGCUCGGCCACACCCUCGAGUGGAUCACGGGCUGGUGCGACCAGCUCGGCCUGCCCGCCGGUGUCAAGGAGGUCGUUGGCAGGUCGUUUGUCAUGGUCUCGGAAGCCUACCUCGACCUCCCGCCCGCCAAAGAGGUGCUCGUGCCCAUCAUCGCCUUCAACACGCUCGUCUUUGGCCUCUGGCUGCUCGCCCCCGUCCGCAGCCGGCUCGAGGGCUUCAUGCUUCGCCACUUUACCCACCGCCCCUCGAGCGAGCUCGACUUCACCAUGCUCACCUCGACUUUCAGCCACCGCGGCGGGCUGCACUUCCUCUUCAACAACGUCGCCCUCUGGUCGUUUGGCGGCAGCGCCAUCAUCUACGCCAGCCACGUCAAUGCCGGCUGCGCCAUCCUGCCCGAGGCGUCGGCCACGCCCCACUUUCUCGCCUUUUUCGCCACCGCCGGCGUGUUCGCCGCCGCCGCCAGCCACAUUGCUGCGGGCGUGCGCUUCCGCCACGUCGCGGCGUUGAGGGGUCUCGACGUUGCCCGCGCCACGGUCGGCAGGCAGAGCAGCCUCGGCGCCAGUGGCGCCGUGUAUGCCGUCGUCGUCGCGUCGGCCCUCGCCUUUCCCGAUGCCCGGAUCAGCCUCAUCUUUCUGCCCAUGUUCACGCUGCCCAUUGGGACGGGCGUACAGUGCAUGGUGGCACUCGAUCUACUCGGUGCACUGCGCGGCUGGGCGGUAUUCGACCACAUUGCCCACCUCGGCGGCGCCCUCUUCGGAUACCUCUACUUCUACUACGGCCCGCCGAUGUGGGAGUUCUUCAAGUGGUGGUGCCACGACUACGCCCUCUACUCCUGUCCCCUCCCGCGCAAGGAGUGGGUCCCCCCAUCGUCAUCGUCGUCGUCGUCGUCGUCGUCGUCGGCGUCGACGUCCGAACACCGCCUUGGUGUUGAAGGCCACCGUCAGAGGAUCUAG